AUGGCACUCGAGCAACCGCAGGAGCCACAGGCGGCACCAGAGCGGCGACCGGCACCACGGCGAGGCCGCUCGCCUCACUGGAUCCUCCUCAUCUCGCUUCUGGCCCACUGCGCCUUCACACCGGCCAUCUUCGACAUCUACUUCAAGACGCCGGUCGUCGAGGUCUCGCAGAGGUUCAGCGUCGAGCAGGAGCCUGGCGCCUUGGCCAAGCGUGUCGUCCUCUUUGUCGGCGACGGUCUGCGAGCCGACAAGCUGUUCCAGACCUACCCAGAUCGGCCGUUCGCCCUGUCCGACCCUUUGCCCGCAUCUGUACCCGACGACCCGCAUGCCCUCGCCGACGACCUCGAUGGCUCGACCACCCCUGCGCCCUUCCUGCGCACCCUGAUCCAGUCGGGCCACGCUCAGUGGGGCGUGUCGCAUACUCGUGUCCCGACCGAGAGUCGGCCAGGGCACGUCGCGUUGAUCGGCGGCAUGUACGAGGACGUGUCGGCCGUCACCCGAGGAUGGUCGACCAACCCGGUCCCGUUCGACUCGGUCUUCAACCAGUCGUCGCACGCCUUUACUUUCGGCUCGCCCGACAUCCUGCCCAUGUUCAAGCUCGGCGCGAGCGACCCGGAGCGCGUCGCGGCGUUCAGCUACCACGAGGAGGCCGAGGACUUUACGGCCGACGCCGUCCACCUCGACCUGUGGGUCCUCGAACAACUGCGCGAGCUCGUCCGCAACGCGUCGAGCGACUCUGUCCUGUACGCCAAGCUGCACGAGCCGGGCGUCGUCUUCUUCGAGCACCUCCUCGGCCUCGACACGACCGGGCACUCGUACCGCCCUCACGGUCCCGAGUACCACCGCAACAUUCGUGUCGUCGACUACGUCGUGCGCGAGACGGUCCAGCUCCUGAGCGACUUCUACGGCGACGAUGGCGAGACGGCGUUCGUCUUCACGGCCGACCACGGCAUGAGCAGCCUCGGCAACCACGGCGACGGCCACCCGGACAACACGCGCACGCCGCUCGUCGUGUGGGGCAAGGGCGUCAAGCGGCGCGCCGACUGGGAGGAGCCGGCGGACCAUGACGAGUACUCGCAGGGGUGGGGCUUGAGAGGGGUCAGGAGGGACGUCGAGCAGGCAGACGUCGCAGCGCUCAUGUCGGUCCUGGCGGGCAUCCCGUUGCCGGCCAACUCGGCGGGUCGGGUCCCGCUCGACUACCUCGACGCGUCGCCCGAGCUACGCGCACGAGCCGCCUUCGCCAAUGCGAGGCAGCUCCUCGCCGAGGCUAGCGCCAAGAGCGAGCUCAAGAAGCAGCACGCCGUCAAGUUCCGCCCUUUCCCCAAGUUCGUCGACUCGCCCGCCGACGGCACCUUUUCCGCCAAGCACCACGUCAGCAGCAUCAUCGACCUGCUCGCCGACGGCAACUUCAUCAUGGCCGAGAAGCGCAGCGAGCUGCUCUCGGACCUCUCGCUCGAGGCGUCGAGCUACUUCCAGAAGUACGACUGGAUGCUCUUGCGCACCCUCGUCACCCUGGGCUACCUCGGCUUCAUCGCCUUCACCGCCCAGACGAUCCUCGUCAGCUCCCUCGCCCUUCCUCCCUCGCCAUCAUCCCGCUUCCCCAUCGCGGCCGGCCUCCCGAUCGGCGCCUUCCUGUCCCUGUGCGCCCGGUUCGCCGUCGAGCGCGUCCCGACGUCCCACUACCUCUACGCCCUCCUCCCUUCCGCCUUUUGGAUCGUCGUCCUGCGCGACCCUGCGCCUUUCCUCGCCCUCGUCCGCACGACACGUACUUCCUCGAUAAGCCUCUCACGGCUGUGCGCGUCGGCCGGCGCCGUCGUCCUGUCGAUCCUCGCCAUGGCCUACGGGUACUCGGACCGUCGCGCGUUCGCCCUCAUCGCGCUCGGCAUGGGCGCCAUGUGGCCCCUCGCCAUGCUCGCGCCCGGCGUACGAGCGACGCGUGGGCCUGUCCUGUCGAGGUGGGCGGCGGCGAUGACGGCGUUGGCGGUGUUCCCGAUGUUGCCGGUCGAGAAGGGCGAGAACCUGAGCGUCGUGUCGAGUGGAGCUGGGCUCCUCAUCGUCAUGGCGGUCCUCGCGCUUCGACUGCUCAAGGACGACGCGUCGCCGACUUGGGCUCGCACGCGUCGGUUCCUCCUCGCCGAGGUCGGCCUCACCGCAGCUUGCGUCGUCGUCACCUGUUCGUCCGCCCUCAGCCUACAGCGCAAGCAAGGCUUGCCGGUCCUCAAUCAGUACGCCGGCUGGUUCAUACUCGCCGCCUCCUCGUCCCUCCCUCUCGUGCACGGCCGGCCUCGCGGCCAGCCCUACCCUGAGCGACUUGCUGUCCUCCUCUUCGCCUUUGCGCCCUCCUUCGUCAUCCUGUCGCUCUCGUACGAGGCCCUGUUCUACGGCGUCUACGUUGCCGCCCUCAUCGCCUGGGUCCAGCUCGAGUCGAGCCUCGCCGCAGAAGAGCCCAACGACGACGGCCGCAUCAAGCUCGCACACGUCCACGUCAGCCUCUUCUUCCUUGCCUUCCUGCACCUCGGCUUCUUCGGCGUCGGGAACGUCGCGAGCAUCUCGUCGUUCUACCUCGAGCCCGUCUACCGUCUCAUGACGGUCUUUGCGCCGUUCCCGAUGGGCGCUCUCCUCCUCUUCAAGCUCCUCAUCCCUUUCGUCGCCCUCGCCGCGGCCUCGAGCGUCAUCAAUCGACGGCUGCAUCUUCCGCCGUUGUCGCUCUUCCUCGUCGGCUCGGUCCUGUCCGAGCUGCUCACCAUCUUUUUCUUCUUCCGGGUCACCGACGAGGGCUCGUGGCUCGAGAUUGGCAGCAGCAUCACCAACUUUGUCAUCUGUUCCGCCCUCGGCCUGUUCAGCUCGGCGCUGUUGGCCGGCGGCGAGUAUCUCAUGGCGGGCACGACUGGAUAGAAGCGAGGGCGAGCGGGCGAGCGGUUUUGGUGCGGUGCAACGCGAGCAUGGUUCACCGUGCG